AGGUUUAGUGUGAGUUGAAUUAUGGAGCUAGUAUAUUAACUUUUCAUGUUAAAAAUAUUUCAUUUGCAGCCAUACCAACCAGGAUAUACUGCGCCACCACCUCCACCACAGUUGGAGGAUGCUACAAUUGAUAUCAGUGAGGGUUGGACACUCUCCGGGGCUCCUUUGGAUUUGCAUGACCCUCGAAUAUUAGCAAUGGCAGCUGCAGAACGUCAUCUUCCAGAGGCAGAUUAUGAUGAAUAUGCUGAUACCAAUGCUAGUGGAGCUGCAUUUUGCCGCUCUGCUGCCCUAAUUUUACGGCUAAUGGCUCUUCUACUCUUGAGGCAUGCUUUGUACCUAACCAAUGGAGAUGAGGAUGAUGAUGCAUAUAUAUUUUUCUCCCUUUUCCUGCUUCGUGCUGCCGGCUUUCUCCUCCCAUGUUAUAUAAUGGCCUGGGCCAUCAGCAUAAUGCAGCGCCGAAGGCAGAGACAGGAUGCAGCAGCUCUUGCAGCAACUGAAGUUGCAUUUAUGAUUCAGGCAGGGCAACGGCAGGGUGCACAUUUCACUGUAGCAUCAGGACCUUCUGCAAUUCCUCAUCAGGAGCCACUUCAAUAAUGUGACUGUCUGUUUCUCCGGUGAAAAGGGUAGGUCAGUUUAUGUCCCUUGCAUUUAUUAUGUUGUACUUGCAAUUGUUAUUUAGAAACCCUUGAAGAUAUCUCUAAUUUCGGUGUUUUUGUUUGUACAUAAAUCUUUGAAACUCAUUGCUUCAUUCAAAACUGUCGGAUUGCUGAAGGUAUCACGGAAAUAUGAUUCUGAACGUUCUCCGAUAUCCUUGUUUAUCGGUUCAUGUCUGACAUAUUCAAUCUUGUCAUAGUCCAAGAGAUGUUUUUCCUUAAUGUAUCGUGUAUGUGCAGAUGAGUAAGCAGUUGAUUGCUCUUCUUUUCAUCAUCUGCUGGUUUAAAUACUG